AUGGGCUGGUUCUGGAGCGAUGUCCCCUCCCACGCUCCCAAUCUGACACCUGCCCCAGUGGCGAGCGCAAAGCCUCCGCCAUCAUGCCCAAUGCACAAGUCGGACUCCAAAUCUUCACCCUUCAAUAAAUCCUCAGACCCUUCGAAACCCUCUGCAUGUCCCGUGAAGGAUGUAAACCAUCCCUUGCGUGCUCCAUCCCGACAACCGCUGCCAGCACCCUCGGAGCCGCAGAAAGCGCAACAGUCUACACUUUCAAAACUCAACCCUUUAAACCUCAUACCAGCUGGGCUGUCUAAUACGCGGGCUGAAACUCAGACACAAAGCCUUCCGCUAGAGCGCGAGCCUUCGUCUAUCCCUCGCUCUGAUACCGACUCUAAUUGGGAAUAUCCUUCGCCUCAGCAGAUGUACAAUGCUAUGCUACGGAAAGGAUAUACCGACACGCCCAUUGAUGCAGUUGAGUCUAUGGUGGCAGUGCACAAUUUUUUGAACGAAGGGGCCUGGACCGAGAUUGUGGAGUGGGAGCGCAUGUUUGCUCCCGGCUUGUCCCAUGGAUGGGAAUCCUGCAGCAGAGGGGAGGGGUUCAUCGCUUUUCAGCGUGCGAAGCGUGAGCACCAGGAGGAGCGACGGAAAGCACUAGGACUUGCACCAAAGCUUCCAGCCGAAGAAGAGAGUGAGCCUAAGUUGGUGCGGUUCCAGGGCAGACCCAAAGAGCCAACACCGAAAGCUCGUGUUCUCUCACUACUCGGCACAGUGUUCCCCAAUUCGUUUGGUUCCGAGCCGCCUUUCGAUCGCCACGACUGGUACGUUUCGCGCAAGAGCCCCGACGGUGCAACCAGAGAAGUCCGCUAUGUGAUCGACUAUUAUGGUGGUGGCGUGCAGGAGACUGGCGAACCUGUCUUCUACCUCGACAUCCGUCCUGCCCUUGACAGUCCUACCGCAGUCGCCGAAAGGGCCAUUCGGUGGGGUGGCGACGUCUGGUGGAGGGCGAGUGGUGGAGUUGCACGCGAAUUAGCCAAAGCACAGAAAGAGAGGGAACGCCUCGCUGUUCAGCAGAAGUGA